UAUAUCGCCUGCUCUAACAAAUUAUAGGAUUGAUUAUUGGUACUUGUAAAACAGAGUCGAAUGUCGGGCCGAAAGGCGGACAGGCCCGUUGUGUUGCACUAGCCUGUUGGCGGUAUUCUAUCGCGGUAGAGGUAUAAAAAAAAAAAAAAAAAAAAAACACGAAGAUGACCGAGACAUCCUCCAAAUGCAACCAUGCAUUCAAGCGAUGCAUCGAUUAUCCGGAAAGUUCUACGGAGAAUCUUAGUUUGUUCGAUGAUUGGGACGAGAGAACUCGAUCGGCUAAAAAGGCUGCGCUGUCCCUGGAGAACGGUGUCCAAUCUUUUUUAAAAUACUUCGACCCCGAGAGAAGCGAACGGGAAAAACGCAAGCUUAACCGUCGACUCUAUCCCGGAGCUAAGAAACACGUUUUGUACGAUGAAAAAGGGAUUUUCUUCCAAACUGGGGAAGAUCUGUGCGAUUGUUUGGAACGCAGUUGCCUUGGAUGUCACUUCCCGUGUCCUAAAUGCAAAUCUACCAAGUGUGGACACGAGUGCAGGUCAAACAGAAAAUGGGCUUACGAAUCGAUUGAAAAUGAAGGAAGCGAUGUCGUCAUCAGGAAUCCAGUUUUGAAAGAUUGAGUUAUUCAACGCUGCAAUCUGACAUAAGGCCGGCUUACAUACGAUAUUCUCGUAUACAUUUUCGUUCGCAACAAUUUAUCAUUUGUAAUACGACACUUUUGUCAACUUUACCUAAUUCUUCCUACUGCCUGUUCGCCCUCGCGAGUUUCCAAUUUUUUUUUUUUUUUGUAUCACGAAUAAUUUGUGAAUAAUUUGUUUUAAGUCCAGAAUCACUAUACCGUAGCAAAUAUGCAUACCGAUCGAUGUUUCCAUCUAACUCAUAUCGACAGGUAUGUGACGCAAAUGACGAUUAAUUUUAAUGGCAAGACAAUUGAAUAAAAUUUGUUCGUCUUAUCCGCGAUCAAAACAAUUGUAUUAA